CGCGCUCCUUCUCUUCAGUUCAUAAAUUUGCCGCCGGUAUGUCGCCGGCAGCCGGAAUGCACGUCCCUCUCUUGCCAGAAGGCAAAGUUUUAGUAAAGCCAGCCUCCGUCUCUGGCGCGGUCUUCAAUGUGGCUACCAGUAUAAUUGGCGCCGGGAUCAUGUCGAUUCCGGCGACCUUGAAGGUUCUGGGUGUAAUCCCGGCCUUCGUGAUGAUCCUGGUCAUCGGUCUCCUUGCCGAAGUUUCAGUGGACUUCCUCAUGAGGUUUUCGCAUUCCGGCAACACCACCACUUAUGCUGGAGUGAUGAGGGAGGCUUUCGGGCCGGCCGGAGCAUUUGCCGCGCAAAUUUGUGUAAUGAUCACAAAUCUUGGGUGUUUAAUUAUGUACCUCAUUAUCAUCGGGGAUGUGCUAUCUGGAAAUUCACCUGGAGGCGAGGUUCACUUGGGGAUUCUGCAACAAUGGUUAGGAAUUCACUGGUGGACUUCACGGGAGUUUGCUCUGCUCGUGAUAGUCUUCGUCAUGCUUCCAUUGGUCCUGUAUCGUCGUCUGGAGUCCUUAAGGUUCAGUUCUGCAAUAUCAACUCUUCUAGCAGUGGCGUUCGUGGGCAUAUGUUCUGGGAUGGCAAUCACUGCUCUGAUGGCAGGAAAAACAUAUCGUCCGAGACUGCUCCCCGAGUUAAACAGCCACACCUCUUUUUUUGAUCUAUUCACAGCUGUUCCAGUCAUAGUCACUGCCUUCACCUUUCACUUCAACGUGCAUCCAAUUGGGUUUGAACUUGCCCAGCCAUCUGAUAUGACAGUAGCAGUUCGAAUAGCAUUAGUUUUAUGUGGUGCCAUAUACUUUGCGAUAGGCCUAUUUGGGUACCUUCUAUUUGGGGAUUCAACACAAUCAGACAUACUCAUAAACUUUGAUCAGAAUACUGCUGGUUCUGCGACUGGGUCCUUGCUCAAUACCCUAGUCCGUUUAAGCUAUGCCUUUCAUAUCAUGUUGGUGUUUCCUCUCUUGAACUUCUCUCUGAGAGCCAACAUAGACGAGCUUCUCUUCCCCAAGAAGCCUCUGCUUGCCACAGACAACAAAAGAUUUGUGAUCCUCACUCUGGUUCUCCUCGUCUUCAGCUACCUCAUCGCCAUCGCUUUCCCUGAUAUUUGGUACUUCUUUCAGUUCGUGGGAUCAACUUCCGCAGUGUGCCUCGCCUUCAUCUUUCCUGGUUCUCUCGCUCUUAGGGAUGCUCAUGGUAUAUCGAAAAGAAACGACAAGAUCACAGCACUGAUAAUGAUCAUCCUGGCUAUAAUAACAAGUGUCAUCGCCAUUUCCACCAACAUAUACCACCUUUUCAGCAGCAAAUCAUAGAAUUGGUUGAUAUAGAAGUUUUGAUCAGGCAAGCACACAGGGUUAAGGACCAUUGCGUGGGUUGAUGAUGACGAUGCAUGUUUGUUUCUAGAGUUUUGGCAUCUAUAAUUGACAAGAGAGAGCUAUGUGUAGAAUUGUGGGCUAAAUAAAUAAUGGAUGCGGAUAUUUGAGAAUAUUUCUGUGAUUAUACAAGUAGUGUUGUUUAAAUGUCCAUCAUGAUUUGAUCUUGAUGUGAUGCCAAGUAGUGGUAUCAAUUUUUAAUACGGGGCAUGAUCUACCCAUAGUAUUUUGUAUGGAUAUUAUUUCUCCAGCUUUAGGCAACAUGUCACAUACGUGCACGUGCUAAGUUAAUCAGAGGUUGCUAUCAAAUAAAU